UAGAGGAGGUGGGAUGAUCAAGAAUACUGACGGGUGAAAAUGACAUCGCUUUGAGUUUCGGAGGAUUUCAGGACGCAGUUUACGUGGUAUAGAUCUGCAGUCAUCAUGUGGCUACAGUUAUGUUUGGGACUGUUUGCUUUUUUCCUGGUCCAAGCUACGCAGCCUACCUUGAAAACCCCCAAAAAGCUCGAUCCUGAAGUCAACAUGAAUAUUAGUGAGAUCAUCAGACACUGGGGUUACCCGGCGGAAGAGUUCGAAGUGGUCACCGAGGACGGCUACAUCCUGAGCAUCAACAGGAUCCCACACGGCGUCCAGGGUAAAUUCCAGCAAGACCCCAAGCCUGUGGUGUACCUUCAGCAUGGGCUCCUGGCUGCAGGAAGUAACUGGGUGACUAACCUUCCCAACACCAGCCUUGGCUUUUUGCUAGCCGACGCUGGAUUUGACGUGUGGCUUGGAAACAGCCGUGGGAACACCUGGUCAAGAAAACAUGUCAGCCUCACGCCUAACCAAAAAGAGUACUGGCAAUUUAGUCAUGAUGAAAUGGCUAAGAAGGACCUUCCAGCAGUAAUAAACUUCAUCACAAAAACCACAGGACAAGAGCAGAUUUUCUAUGUUGGCCAUUCUCAGGGAACCACCAUUGCCUUUAUGGCUUUUUCCACAAUGCCGGAGCUGGCUAACAAAAUCAAGAUGUUUUUUGCACUGGCCCCUGUAGCCACAGUAGCCUUCACAGAAAGUCCAAUAGGCAGACUGAGUAUCCUCCCAGAGUAUGUCAUCUGGAAAUUAUUCGGGAACAAAGACUUUUUACCUCAGAGUGCCCUCAUCAAAUUUUUUGCCACCCAUUUCUGCAGCAAGGAACCAAUCAGCGUGUUGUGUGGAAACAUAUUUUUCCUUUUGUGUGGUUUUGAUGAAAGAAACCUGAACAUGACCCGAACGGCUGUGUACACGACACACUGCCCAGCUGGAACCUCUGUCCAGAACAUGGUGCACUGGUCUCAGGCUGUAAAGUAUAGGAAAUUGAUGGCAUAUGACUACGGAAAAGCUGGAAAUAUUGCUCAUUAUAAUCAGUCAACCCCUCCUCUGUACAACGUGCGGGACAUGAAGGUGCCAACAGCGGUGUGGUCCGGGGGACACGACACGCUGGCAGACCAAAAGGACGUGGCAUUACUGCUCACACAGAUCCCUAACCUGGUGUUCCAUCGCAACAUCAAGCACUGGGAGCACCUGGACUUCAUCUGGGGCCUGGAUGCCCCGCAGGAGAUGUACGAACCGCUGAUCAAGCUGAUGAGACAGAAUGUCUGACCGCCUUUUAACUCUUAGCAAUGAGACUGAUUUUUAUGCCUUUUAAUGUGGAGGUUUAUUUUAUAACUACAACAACCAGCACUAUGCAUUCCUUAACGAUUCCUUAGCAGGGAAUUAUGGCAAAGACCAUAUGUUUGGUUUUGUUUUACCUCAAAUUUUUCUUACCUCAUCUAACACAUUAUUCGAUUAGUAAAUAUGCUGUUAACACAAAAGCUGCUUUCUUAUAUGUGCUUAUUGAGCCAUGUGUUGAUCAGGCACGACUUUCCCCAUUGUGUUUCAUAGGAAACGCUGUGUUUAAUGUGAAUGUUGGAUUUUGGCCUCUAAUUAUAGAGUAAUCUUUUUUCCUUCAUUGUCAGAUUGUAUUUUACAUUUUCUAAAGGCUGUCCAAAAAGCAUUCUCUUUUUAGAAGGAUCAUUUGACUUACUUUAUAAAUCAAUGGACUCAAACCCAAUAAAAAUUCAUGAUCAAAUAAAAA